GAAGUGUUGACAGGUCAGAGCAGGGCGGCGCUGGAGGCCUUGUAUGUGUGUCGGGCACUGUCCGGUGUCAGGAUGAUUCCCACCGAGGAGGCGUCUGGCCGGAGGCGGGAAAUAGAAGAGAAGCUUAAGCAGGAAGAAGAAACAUUGUCUUUCAUUAGAGACAGCCUAGAAAAAAGUGACCAGCUCACCAAAAACAUGGUUUCCAUUCUUUCAUCCUUUGAAAGCCGUUUGAUGAGGCUGGAGAACUCAAUUAUCCCUGUGCAUAAGCAGACUGAGAAUCUUCAGCGCCUACAGGAAAAUGUUGAGAAGACACUGUUUUGCUUGGAUCAUGUUAUAAGUUACUACCAUGUAGCAAAGGACACAGAGAAGAUCAUAAGAGAGGGCCCUACGGGGAGACUGGAAGAAUAUUUGGGCUGCAUGGCUAAAAUCCAGAAGGCUGUAGAAUAUUUCCAAGACAACAAUCCUGACAGCCCAGAACUCAACAGAGUGAAAUUGUUGUUCGAGAAGGGGAAAGAGUCAUUGGAGUCUGAAUUCCGUAGCCUUAUGACCCGAAAUUCCAAACCAGUUCCACCAAUUCUCAUUCUGGAUCUCAUCAGUUUGGAUGAAGAAAUGGAAACUCAGGAAGAUGUGACCUUAGAACACCUCCCUGAGGGUGUCCUGCAGGACAUAAUCCGUAUUUCUGGUUGGCUGGUGGAGUAUGGAAGGAACCAAGAAUGGCCAUGGCAGGUUCAAGUAAUGUGUUACGGCACACACAUUCGGAGCAACUCCCCCAUGAGGCAAGCAGUUCAGCAGCAGGAGCAAGAACAGCAGCAGAUGAUGGUAUCUUCAAGUCCAGUUUGGAGUUUUAACUGUCUGUGUGAGGACAAGCAGCUGCCUGCAGGAGCCCAGAGAGGAAACCUAAAGAAAGAGCACAGAGCUAGUUCCUGCACCAGCAUAGCCUCUAGAGAGAGCUUUGUAGAACGGUCGCUCAGAGAAUUAGGACACAACUGUAAUUUCAUGAAUGUUUACUACCAGAUCCGUUCCAGCCAGUUGGACCGCUCUAUCAAAGGACUGAAGGAGCACUUCCGGAAAAAUAGCUCUUCCUCAGGAGUCCCAUACUCCCCUGCUAUUCAGAACAAGAGGAAAGACACACCAACAAAAAAACCCAUCAAAAGACCAGUCCUCAUCCCAGGCACGAUCCGUAAGGCUCAGAACCUUCUGAAACAGUAUUCUCAGCAAUGUCUAGAUGGGAAAAAGGGGGCCUCUAACCUCAUUCCUAUGGAAGGGAGAGAUGACAUGUUGGACAUAGAAAUCGAUGCAUACAUCCACUGUGUUAGUGCCUUCAUCAAACUGGCCCAGAGUGAGUACCAGCUUCUCACAGAAAUCAUCCCGGAACAUCACCAGAAGAAGACAUUUGACUCUCUCAUUCAGGAAUCUUUAGAUAACCUGAUUAUAGAGGGGGACAACAUUGUCUCUGCAGCUCGGAAAGCCAUCAUACGUCAUGAUUAUUCAGCAGUGCUGACCAUUUUUCCAAUCUUGAAGCACUUGAAGCAGACAAAGCCAGAGUUUGAUCAAGUUCUACAGGGCACUGCAGCCAGCACAAAAAACAAGCUUCCAAGCCUCAUCACCUCAAUGGAGACCACGGGAGCCAAGGCUUUGGAAGAUUUUGCAGACAACAUCAAGAACAACCCAGACAAGGAAUACAACAUGCCCAAAGAUGGAACAGUUCAUGAACUCACUAGCAAUGCUAUUCUGUUCCUGCAACAGUUACUGGAUUUUCAGGAAACUGCAGGUGCCAUGCUGGCAUCCCAAGUUCUUGGGGACACAUACAAUAUUCCUUUAGAUCCCAGAGAAACUAGCUCCUCAGCCAGUAGCUACAGUUCUGAAUUCAGCAGACGGCUGCUUAGCACCUACAUCUGCAAAGUUCUAGGCAACUUGCAGCUAAACCUUCUCAGUAAAUCCAAGGUUUAUGAGGACCCAGCUUUAAGUGCCAUCUUCCUGCAUAACAACUACAAUUACAUUCUCAAGUCCCUUGAAAAGUCUGAACUGAUCCAGUUGGUGGCUGUGACGCAGAAGACAGCAGAAAGGUCUUACAGGGAACACAUUGAGCAGCAGAUCCUGACGUAUCAGCGCAGCUGGUUAAAAGUAUCAGAUUACAUCUUGGAAAAAAACUUGCCUGUCUUCCAACCUGGUGUCAAGCUUAAAGACAAGGAGAGACAGAUGAUCAAGGAACGCUUUAAGGGCUUUAAUGAUGGCCUGGAGGAGCUCUGUAAAAUCCAGAAGGCUUGGGCCAUCCCUGAUACAGAGCAGAGGGACAAAAUCCGGCAAGCCCAGAAAACUAUUGUGCAAGAGACCUACGCUGCCUUCCUAAACAGGUAUGGCAAUGUGCCCUUUACCAAGAACCCAGAGAAGUACAUAAAAUACAGAGUUGAGCAGGUGGGUGAGAUGAUUGAGAAGCUGUUUGACACAUCAGCAUGAUCUUCCUGUCUCAGUGCCAGUGCUUUCCUCGUCUCCUCACCAGCACCUUGUGAAGGCCAUGAGUUAUGCUUGUAUUUAUCACAUUUAUUAACUGAUUAAAACAUGAUGUAUUGCU